AUGUUUUUAAACGAUAGGAUACAAACUGUGAGUGCCACUGAUCCUGACGAGCCACUCGGAGGACACCGCUUCUUCUUCAGUCUUGCACAGGAGGCUGCUGGAAAGGCAAACUUCUCUGUCCGUGAUAACAAAGACAACACAGCCUGGAUCCUCACAAGGAGGAACAACUACAACAGCCUGCAGAAGAGCGUCUACCACGUACCUGUGGUCAUUUCUGACGGCGAGUUCCCGAUGCAGAGCAGCACCAACACGCUGACUGUGCGCGUGUGCACCUGCGAUCGUGACGGAAACAUGAAGCUGUGCAACGCUGAGGCGCUUACAGCGAGGGCGGGACUCAGCACGGGAGCCCUGGUGGCCAUUUUGCUCUGUGUCGUCAUCCUGCUCAUGAUUGUGGUGUUGUUCGCCGCCCUGAGGAGACAGAGGAAGAAGGAGCCUCUGAUCAUCUCCAAGGAGGACGUGAGGGACAACGUCGUCAGCUACAACGACGAAGGCGGCGGAGAGGAGGACACUCAGGCUUUUGAUAUCGGCACGCUGCGCAACCCGGAGGCCAUCGAGGAGAGCAAGCAGCGGCGGGACAUAGUCCCUGAGACCUUCUACCCUCCCGUCCGACGACCCGUGCUGCCCCCGACCCGGGACAAUAACGGGGACGUGAGGGACUUCAUCAACCAGAGGCUCCAGGACAAUGACAGUGACCCGACGGCGCCGCCUUACGACUCCCUGGCCACCUACGCCUACGAGGGCAACGGCUCCGUAGCGGAGUCCCUCAGCUCGCUGGAGUCCGUGACCACCGAGGGCGACCAGGACUACAACUACCUGAGCGAGUGGGGGCCGCGGUUUAAGAAACUGGCGGACAUGUACGGGGCCGACGACAGCGACAGGGAUUCCUAACGAGAAGCCGCAGCACAGACACGGGGCGAGGAGCGGAACAAAAGACAAACGAUUCUGGUGCAUGUGUGGCGAGGAAAAACCCGGCACAGACAGGGGGCUCUGUCCAAGUGCUCUUUCUUCAGCUGCCGUUGAUCACCUUUCAGUUGUCCCUCCGGUGACCAAACGUAGGCUUUGUGUGUCCAGUCAGUGUUAGUAGCGUUCUUGCGAGGGCACGGUGAAAAGAGACUCAGUGUCAAGACUUUUUUUUUUUUUUUCCUGUGUGUGUAUGGGAGUUGUACAUGAGGCCCCAAUAUAUCUAUACCCACAUUUUUCUUCUUCAUUUUGGUUAGAUUUUUCCAAAGCUGCCUGUGAUGGACGGACAUUCAACGCGCAGUUUUUGUAAACCAACAGAUACGCAGAUGUAUUUUUCAGUGUUUCCAGGACAAAAAAAAAAAAAACAUGCUGCAUAUUGUGAUCUUAGCUUGUGUACGUACGGUAACAUGAUACAAUAACGCUGUACCGCUGUUUUUCUUUUUUUCUUUCCUUCCAUCACCCAAAUGUCCCCGCCCUCUUCCAGUAAUGGCUGCCGACACAAGCGCCAGGUGGUUUCGGUGUCACGUGGUGAAAAAGGGCAUCACAAACCGCUAUUAGAUUGAUCAAUAUUUUUGUUUAAGCUAACUUUAAUAAAAAUAAAAUGGUAACAAAUUCCCUGCUUUGCCCUGAUGAUGAGGACGAAGCUACCCAUUAUUAUUUUACAGUCAACAAGUGUCGUAAAACUCGCUGGAGUUUUAUGAAGCGUCAGGCGAUUGCGUUGUGAAAAACUGUAGUUGUGAGUUAAGCGAGGUAGCGUCAUCAACUCAAAACACAAAUACAAAACUCGAUAAAUGUGAAGUCUAGCAGGUUAGCGCCAGAAACCAACACUGGUCUGCCCUCUGGUGGUCGAGAAAAGAGUGAUACUCUUAUCUGUCUCCAACAAAAAAGACUGUGUGGAUUUGACAACAAAAAAGCCACAAACAUUUCACUUUGUCAUUGCCGACAGUAUCUGAUUUUCAUCUCCACACACAAGUUUUUAACAUUCACAGUGCAGCGAGAUGAAAAUACCAAAUAUUCUCUCUCAGAGCUGAAUGUCAACGCCACCAUUUUUCUUACUCCUCGGCUAGAAAAAUGAGGAACAAUGCAACGCUGAUAAAAAAGAAAAAGGAAAUCAAACUCAGUUGAGAGGAAAAUUCUGGUGUAGAUUUGACUUUUUUUUUUCCUCUCUGCUGCAAAACUGAAACUUGCAACACGAUGAAGGUCCAAGGAAGUCGAGCGUGAAACUAUGGCGUCCAAUCAGACUGGACCAAACAAUUACCGUUAAAAUUCAUCAGGCAAUUUUAUUUUCAUCCUAUAAACGCUUUAUUUCCUGUCUCCAGGUCCCCAAACAAUGUUUUUUGUUAAGAUUAAUGUGUAUAUGUUUAAAUGAACGCGCCAAGUGAAGUUGAACUUAAUUUACCACAAACCCUUCUUGAAAACGACAGUUUGCCGUCUUUAAAAAGCGCAGUUCUUGAAUGUUUGGUAAACACCACUUUAUGAAUCAGGAGUUGCCUUAAAUGGCCAACAAGUUUUUGAUUUUAAGGCCUAAACGAGCAUUUCCACAAAAAAAAUGUGAUUUCUAACGCUGCACAGGUAAAUGGACAAGAACAAAACAUUGCAAAAACACCAGGAUUUUCCUCUUUAAAACCCACUUUCUGGUCUCUUCCCCCCCUCGUUACAUGUAUUGUACCUGUGGCUAAACAUGAAACCGGUCCCUGUCUUCACGCUCUCCUCCUCCUCAGCUGAUUUCCUGUGGGACGAGCAAGCCUCUUCCAUAAAGAUGCUUAUCGGGGGCCACCUGACCUUUGAGGCGUGUGGAAUAAGUUGCUUGAACCUGGAGGUGUGUCCUCUGUUCAGAGAGAAGGUCAAAACACAUUAUCCUGCAGCAGGAAAAACACACACACACACACACAUAACACUCGGCAUGAUUUAUGUCUCGUCCACACUACUGCGGAUAUUUUUAUUUUCAUUUCUAUUUUCCUCUCUGUCCACACAACUUGACUGACUCAAAUACUAGACUGCAAAACAAGUAUGCCAGGUUGCGACAAAGUCUACAUUUACUCUACUCUCUCAAAUAGCAGAUGUUUCACAACUCAAAGUAAACAGAGAUGGACGGAAUCUUUCCUUCGCACACUGCAUUCAUUCUGCCAAUAUUAUUGCACAUACGUAAAUGAAACAAUACCGCCAGAAACCACAAGGGGGCAGGGUUACCGACGAUUCACUAAGAUGAAACGCAAAGACAUACAUUAUCACGUGUGUACUGCCCUCUAGUGGACGGAUUGCUUACACAAAAGAACAUGGGUGGUUGUACCUUCUCUGAAAAAUCGUUUUAAAGAUUGAAAAUGCCAUUUUUGUGUGGAACGAGAGACGGAAAAACACAGAGGAAGAGGUUCUUCUUUUUUGCAACAACAUCCGCAUCAGCGUGGACAAGUGCUUUAGGCUCCCGGACACAAGAUCAUUCUCAAAUUAUGGUAGAAUCUCACCAUGGAUUAACAGCUUUGAAACGAGGAUGACUGUGAAGGGGACAAGAAAAACUCAACAAAGUCUCUGCCCUGACUUUAACGAAAGAGGCUGACAUCAUACAUCAUACAUUUGAAGCAGUAAUAAUAACAAAAACACAGCCACAUAAUUUCCAUAGUGCUACUUUUUCCCUCUCUGACAUCAACAACAGUGCAUUUAACAAUCCAAUUUAAAACACAGUUGGUCGGAGAGUUCUUUCUGCUGGCAUGUCGUGUUCACUGCUCGUUUCCCUUUUUAUUUUUUAUUAGCUUUUCACUGGAGCUUUUGUGUAAGUGACCAUCUCAGAGUGUGUGUGUGUGUGUGUGGCAGUGUCGCUAUGAUAAGCAUUUACUGGCUUUUACUGUGUUUUUUUCCUGCCUGCCUCAAGGUGUGACGCAAAAGCCUCAAAUGGGAAAAAUCAGCAGCAGCAGAACUCACCCAUCUUCUUCCUCUCUCUUCAUACGAGGACGUCAGCACUGGUGUUUCUUCAUCAU